AAAGGUGGGGGGCGGGAAAGCAGGUCAAGCGCUCUAGACGGCUUGGAUGUUCACAGUCUGUGCUGGAACAUUUAGCUGAACCGGAGCAUUUAAUCAUUUAGGGGAGGGUGAGAAACGAAUGAGAUUUUAACUGACUCGAGCAAAGAGACCGGACCGGACAGUAGAUCUCUCAUCCUCUUUCUCUUCAGCAGGCUGAAAAGGAUACGCAAAUGGACAACAGGAACAUGUCUGAUGACAAGCCCGUUCAGCGCUCUAAGUCUUUCAGUUUCAAGACCGAGAAAGAGACGUGUGCAUCAUGUGAAAAGACAGUGUAUCCGAUGGAGAGACUUGUGGCCAACAACCUCAUCUUCCACACCACAUGCUUCUGCUGCAAGCACUGCAACACCAAACUCAGUUUGGGUUCCUAUGCAGCACUGCAGGGAGAGUUCUACUGCAAGCCACACUUCCAGCAGCUCUUCAAGAGUAAAGGGAACUACGACGAGGGCUUCGGUCGCAAGCAGCACAAGGAGCUCUGGUCCUCCAAGGAUGCAGAGAGCAUUACCAAGUCAUCAUAAUUGUUAGCAAUUUUGUGUUUUGUUUGGUUUUUUCCCCCUCCAAAGCUAACCUUUACCUUUUGCUCACCAAUGAUGAUGACCCUUACUGUACUCUGCUCAGUGACCACUCCCCCCCAACACACACACACACACACACACACACACACACACACACUCAUUUCUAGCACACAACUGGCUAAGCCAGUGCUCUUCAUGUGACAAUUACACAAUCACAAAAAAAACCUCUGAUGUGGUUGAUAACCUUCCCUUAAAGGUUUUUUUUUUUUACAUUUGCUCUUAUUUUUAAUUUUCAAAAUUUAUUCAGCUUUAGCAUACCUCAUUUUAUGUUCAUUAUACUGUAUUUUUAUAUUUCUUAUUUGAUGUCCAGUGCUGUGGAGUUCAUCCACAGUAAAAGGUUAGUUGAUAGUGACCAAAAUCUUUUGAAUCCCUCAUAAGCGGGAUGAUUCUCUUAUUAGUGUCAUCAUGAUCCUGUUUGGCAGUACUAGUAUUGGUUUGUUUUUGUUGUUAUUCUAUCGUAAGAGUGGUCUCAAGAUGAAAUGCCUGCAUGAAUAUAAAGACUUAGAUUAAACACUCAGGUAACAAUUUUGGGAUAUUGCAUCAAAAUUAAUCGGCGAUCUUUUAUGUCCAUAGUUGACCUAAUGUUUGUUUUUAUGAUUAAUAUUUUUCCCACGCUUGUGUUGCAGCAAUCAGUACUGUUUUCAGACUACAUGGCCUACCAGUGUUCCUUUCAACAGUAAGACUGUCUUUAUAUUUUGUUUUGCUUUGUUAGCGCAGGGUAUUUUAUCUGUGAAUCUACAGGGUACGCUGUACUGUAAAUAACUCCACUAGAGUUUAAUUCAACCCAUCCCUUUUUACUUACCUGCUCUUUCCACACAUUACUUUCUUUUGGCAUAAUAAUCAAUGAUGAAACAUUUUGCAUAUCCUGUAAGACUGUGAUUUAAACCAAUCAAAUACUGUUGUUGUCUUAUUCAUGAGGUUCCUUUUCAAAUGAGGCAUUUGAAUAUCCAAAUGCCCAUUACUGAAGAUUAACAUCUUUUAGUUUUCCAAAUUAAUAUUUACACUUGACUGAAUUCUAAAACUGUGAUAUACUUUUUUCUCUCCCUUUUUCUGACGCCCUCUAGUGUUUUGAAUGAUAAUCCUUUUUUGCCUAAAGUCAUGUUGUUCUCUUAGCUCAAGUAUCCGGCAUUGAUGUCAUCUAGUGAUAAUAUCUUUGCUCAUCAUAUCAGGGUUCAACAUGUCUCUUUCUGUAUCUCUGUUGUCUUAUUUUAGUGUUUUAGUCAUAUUUUUAGUUAAUGCCCUUCAGCAAACUGCACAUCUUAACUUUUUUUUUUAUUGUUGCUUAAUGAUUUCUUGCAAAGGCAUAUGUACAUAGGUACCACAAGGUAGAGUGAAUGUACUGUGAUGCACUGUACUGUACUUGCGCCUUGCUGCAUGGGACCAUGCUUGUACUAUAAAUUAAGAUAAUCACAGGGAACUAGGUCUCAGAGGAAAUUACAUUUAUGAUGUGUCACGUCAAUGCUUCUCUGUGACGGGAUUGUUGGGACUUUGCGAGUACAUACUUAACAGUAUGGCUCCUAAGCAUUGCUCAGGAAUAUGGAUGAGUCUCAAUGAUCCAGCUAUGUAACCCCUAUUGUUCAUUGUUAAAAGCUGUUGUUCAAUUGAGCUUUGUUCACUAAAUUGCAGAUCAUUUUCAUACUCUUAAAUAGGCAAAUAGUCAGUGGUUGGGGUUUUGUCAUGCUCAUCUAUGAAGGCUAGUAAGCAGAAAGGGGAGGGGUGUUCGGUAGAUCUACAUUCAGAUGAACACUUCCAUCACAGGUUUGAUAUGCACAUUUACAUGUCGACGUGAAACUGUGACUUUGAGUCUUGUGAUUUGUCACUGUGGCCAUUUUAUAAGCUGUGACCUCUCCAGUGGUUCAUGUAUUUGUGUAAAAACAUCAUUGACAUCUUCAUGCAGUUUCUUGAAAUUAAUGAGAUGCCUGUUUUUUAAUCCGAUUUCUUUUUGUGUUUUGUAGUGGAACAAAUGGUAAAGCCAGGUGUUUUCCUGUCUGUAUUUGUUAAAUGCCAUAAGGAAGUGGUCUGUAUAGAUAAUUAGUUUUGGUGGCUUGUGUAUUUUCAGUGUCUUGUCUGCCUUCCAGUGCAAUGGCCUUUUUGUCUGUAUGUUUGAGGAAAUGCUACAUUUAGACUCGCAAAGCCGUUGAGAAUCAUCCAAAUGUUUUCAAUCAACUUGAAUGCCACAAAAGUCCCUUUGUGAAUAUAUUAUAAGAUCAUUUAUCAAAAGCUCUUGGCAUAAACUGGAAUACUAUUUCAUAUUAAGCCUUGGACUUUUCGUUUAAUUUUUGUUCCAAAUCCUGUAUAAGAACACAAUUUAUUUUUCUACGAGAGGUUUUCUCUCGUUUCAAAAUCUGCAACUCUUCAAAAUUACAUAAUAAACUCUUCUCACCCUCUCAAUACUUUCAAGCGGUUGCACCAGUAAAUGAUUUGGUCUUGUUUACAAUGCUUUCUUUUCUGUUCCAUAUGUGCUUUUAUUUUAGGAACAACAUUUUCCUCCGACACAAAUCACUGUGUUUACACCAGUUUUUAGAUGUGUUUGCACGCAGUGCACCAAGGUACAAAUUACACAAUAAACUUCUAAUGCUCACUGUCUUUUAUAAUCUAUAGAUUAAAUGAGAAAAGGGUAUGCUUGUCUUUGCUCUGUUCUGAGGGACUUGUAGUUACUGAAAAUAAGUGUGAGUGUGUCUUUAUAAAUGUAUGGAUAUUUAAGGUUGCAAAAGAUUAUUUUUAAAUGCACUUGACACUGUCCACAUGGGUUGAGUGAGCAGAGAUGAAUAUACUCAAAGUGUAGUACUCUAUGCUGUAUACAAAACUUGAUCAGCAGAGCAAGGAGGCUUAAAAGCAGGAGGAGGUCUUGGCUCUUGUCUCUUUUAUCCCCAUCAGGUUUUAUUGGUAACACUUUACAGUAAGGUUACAUUCAUUAACAUUAGAUAAUGCAUUAGGUAUCACGAACAAACAAUAAAUCAUAUAUAUUUUUUACAGCAUUUAUAAAUCUUUGUUAAUGUUAGUUAAUAAAAAUACAAUUUUCAUUGUUCAUUGUGCAUUAACUAAUAGUAACGAAUACUAUUUUAGAUUUUAACAAUGUAUUAGUAUGUUGAAUUUAACAUUGACAGUCUUUAUUAAUUUUGGUUAUUGUUAGUUCAUGUUAGCUCAUGUUAACAGAAAGAACCUCAUUAGGAAGUGUUACUGGUUUAUUUUUGUCUUUGUACUUUUAUUAGCCCUCCAGUUUAACUGCUACAAGAAUCUAUAAUAAAAUGCAAUGUCUCCUUUCAUUUCCCCACAGUCUUGUCUGCUCCUUUUCUCCCCUUGUUUAUUUUUAUUUUUUUACAUGCUUUUGGAGUAAAAGAAUAAAUGGUAUGCUGGUG